AUGGCCGAAACUACAGACAAUGUUCCAGCUAAUGAUCCUCAAGAUACCGACGGCGCUUCAACUAUAGGUGACAGUUCUACCGAUGAUUCCCUGGCUUCUCUACGGUCGAGUAUCCUCGACUAUCGGAGGGAAAAUGGACGCACGUAUCACAGAGUCAGUGAUGGGAAGUACUAUCUUCCUAACGAUGAGACGGAACAAGACCGUUUAGAUUUCGCCAAUCACUUAUGGAUUAUUACAUGGGACGGGAAGCUGUGUAAUUGCCCUAAAGUCAAGGGCGCCAAGCGAGUCCUGGACGUUGGAACCGGGACGGGCAUCUGGGCCCUUGAUUAUGCGGAUGCUCACCCCGAAGCAAGCGUUAUCGGUGUUGAUUUGAGCCCUAUUCAACCCGUCUACGUUCCGCCCAAUUGCCGCUUCGAAAUCGAUGAUCUCGAGAAAGAAUGGACUUGGACAGAGCUAUUCGACUUCAUAUUCAUCAGAUCAAUGGUUGGAAGUUUCAAAAGCUGGCCCGACGCUAUCAAGCAAGCCUACGACAACUUGGAACCAGGAGGGUAUCUUGAGAUCCAAGACAAUGAGUUUCCCAUCUUCUGUGAUGAUGGUUCCAUGCCCGCAGAUUCCCAAGUCUUGAGGUGGACCCAGCUCAUUGUCGAGGCCACGGACAUCGUGGGUAAAUCAAUGGCUGUUGCGCCCACCUUCAAGCAGAUGCUCGAGGAUGCCGGGUUUGAAGAUGUUCAGGGACGCCAAGAGAAAUGGCCCAUUAGCCCAUGGCAGCAGAAGGAUCCGAAACAGAGGGAGUUGGGAAUCUGCUCCCGAGCCGGUACCAUGGAAGGCCUUGAGCCGAUUUGCAUGGCCUUGUUCACGCGCGUGCUUGGCUGGACUCGAGAAGAGGUCUUCGUAUUCUGCGCUGGGGUUAGGGAUGAAUUGAAACAGCAAAAGGUUCACGGCUACUUCAAUGCAUAUGCUGCUUGGGGCCGGAAGCCCGAGAAGAAGGAGGGGGAGGAGGAGGCUAGUUAG